AUGGCGCCCAUCACAAGAAAAACCGCCAGCUCUGGCGCAUUCAAGCCCGUCCAUCGCAAGGUACAACCACAAGCUACCUAUUAUUUGCGCGCCAGCUCUGACAUGUUCUUGACAUGUACANNGGGAUCCCAGACCAACACGAACUCCUUUGCCGAAGUAACUCGCACAAACGGCUACUCGACUUCACAGGUGCAUUUUCCUGUCGCUCUCUCUGCCUCGACCCGACCACUAACUCGACCUCUCCAGAACUCCGUCAGCAACGGAAGCGCCCUCGUACCUACCAGUCAACUUAUUGAUCAGAUUAACCCAUUGCGCGACAUGGCAGACCGCGUUGGUCGUGAAGUCGAUCACUUUGCAGAAACUCUCGACAAAUUCAACUCUCGUCUACACGGCCAGGAUGCAUACCGUACCGCCAUCGACCUGACUCUAGAGUACAAGGACUUUGCAAGUAGUAUGGUCAAGAAGCUGAAGAAACGUCACGAUGCUCAGCGCGUCAACGAGAUGAGGAACGAGUUCGGCAAGAGGAUAACCCAGUCUCCCAUCAGAAGCUCUAGCCUUUCCGGCGCAGUAGGUCCCGUUACUCACAACGAUGGCGACGAAGACAUUCCCGCGCAAACUUCGCUCGACACCCUGAGACAAUGGCAAGCCGAACUCGAUACCUGGGAGCUAUUCCGCAUCAUGCUCGAACUACGAUACUCGCCUGAGAAGCAGGCUCGCCAGCAAGAGAAGGAAGCAAGACUAGCAGACUUGGGCACACCGAACACAUAUACAUCAGACACGGACAUUUGGGAACGCUUUACUCUAGACAACGAUUCUGCCAGAGAGCGACAUCUAGUCCUCAAAUGGCUUCAAGGAGCUGCCAACCACGGCGAGCAAGACAUUGACGCUAUCGCUGAAGAGCUGGAGAAGAAAUCAGGCAGAGGAACAGGCAUCUGGUUCAACGGCUGGAUGGAAACGCGUGAGAGGAUCAAGGGAACGAAAAGAAUGCGCGUCUUUUCAACCGCCUCAUCCGAUAUGCUCGACGUGAAGCGCACUCACAGCAACGAACCCCUGGUAUCAUCUCUAGACCCGGAUGCACCAACUCGCCAAUACCGUGUUUUGGAGAAGGCAGACGAAUAUUCCGAAAGAGCACUGUGGAUGACUUGCUGGGAAAUGUUAAGGCGUGGCCACUCAUGGUACGAUAUCUGCCAGUGGUGCUCUGACCGCAACCAAAGCUGGCGCGCUGUAAGCAUGGCCGUCUCCGCCGACUCAAAUAUGGACAUGGCUCUUCCGGGUCUCUCAGCUGGUUCGCUUUGGCGUCGCAUGUGCUACGCUCUGACACAGCAAACAGGUCUGGACGAGUAUGAGGCCGCUGUCUAUGGUGUGCUCAGUGGUGAUCUAGAAUCGGUCAAGCGUGUGUGCCAAAGCUGGGACGACUACAUCUUCGCCCACUACAACUCCNNCCUUCUGAUCGGACAGCUGGAAGAAUAUCUACAGAAGAGCUUCCCCGAGAAGUUUGCAUCUGGUACAGCCACAAAAUUCCCACUCUUUGACUCUCUCAGGCACCACGGUGACCAACAGGACGUUACUCGAAAUUUGAUCAGGCGCCUUAAUGAGCAGUCUUCCACCUCGCAGGAGGCCAGGCAGCCUCUCAAGUUGCUGCAAGGCAGUCUCAUCGCAGACAAUUUUGCCGACUUGUGCAAGAAUCUUGCAACAGCCAUUUCGGACGCUGCCUGGUACCAAACUACUUCCACCACUAUAGUCCCCUUGCGUACGGCUGUAUCCCCAGACUCUCAACGAGAGAGCGUCAUCUUCAAUGAUUACGAUGCUCUACGUAUUGUUACCCACAUGGUUCUGAUGCUACGUGAAUUCCACGAGCCUCUUUCAGACACCAAGUCCGACCCCGAAGCACUUGACAACAUCAUAGCUGCUUACAUUCAGCUUCUGCGCGCGGCUGGCAGAUGGGAGCUCACGUCAGUCUAUGCAUCGAGAAUGUCGCCUACUCGCGGUACCAAAUCACUUGCACAGACAAUGACAGACGUACAAGAUCUUCAAGAGAAGAUGCACUUUACCAAGCUCAUGUCGACUUAUGGCAUUGAUCCUGUCGCCGUCUUGACCGAACAGGCCAAGUAUCUCAUGGAAGAAGUUUUACCUAAGAAGUCUGCUGGUCAAGAUAAUUUGAAGAUCAUUGAGAGUACUAAAGAGGAUCUUUAUCCUGGUCAAAGGAUCAAGUUGAACUUCGUGGAAGAAGGCAAAGGUGGCGACGGUAUUGCCGACCACCUCGCUGUUUUCCAUCUUAUGGAGGGUCAUUGGGACGUCUCCUUCCAGACACUGGCAUACGCUUGCAGAAAGCUGCUCAUCAAUGGAUGCUUCCAAGAAGCUUCACGCUUGGUCGAUCAACUGUCUUUCGAGCUAUUGUGUACAGCAAAAUCAAGGCCACUCCUGGGAACUUCAGUCAACGUAAUGGAUCGUGAAGAAACCGCACUACUCCCCCAGGACGCCGAACAUGCAGCAAAGCUACGUGUCCUUCAAAAGCAAUGCAGGGGAUACUAUGAGCUCGGUUUGCUGGUGAAAGCCAUUGACGCUCUCAACGCUUGGAGGGUGGUCGAGCAUGACUAUGCCACUAAGGUUCCACGACCCAGUUCACUGCCGGCUAAGGUCAAGACAACCUUCGAGGAUACUUGCGCUGCGAUUGAGCCUGUGCUAAGUGGCAUCCUCAUGCAUGCAAAGGAUGGUAAGCAAAUACUCUAUGCUCCGGAACCAAGAGCCCCACUAAUUGUCAAGCANGAUGACGAAGCCGCCGACUUGGUGAAGAUCCGUAACUGGUACCUUCCUGAGGUUGUGCUCGCAUACAACACAGUGCUUUGCGCUGGCGCGCACAUGAUCAGCCGUGAACACCUCUUGAGGAGCAUGGAACUGGCAAACGAUGUUGCCAACGACAAGACGGGUCUGGCUGAGUGCUUCAUGGAGUCUCGACGUAUGCGCGAGCUGGUCAUUGCGUUUGCACAGUCCAGUGAGACUAUGUUGAAGUUGAACGAGAUGAACCAGGGCAAGCGCGAGAGGAAGAACAAGGCAGGCAAGAACCUCGACAUUUGGGAGAUCAAGGCAUGA